UUCAUGCUGCCAUCCCGCAAGUCAUAAUGGACUCGUCCAUUCUCUCCCCCCCACACACACACACACAAAUAAUAAUUAAAUAAUAAAAAAUUCAAAAAACUUGUUAAAAAUAUUAAUACUAAAAAAUUAAUUAAUUUUUUACAAAAUUAUUGUUUAUAAUAUUAUUAUAAAAUUAUAUUUAAAAAUAUUGAUAAUAGUGAAUAUUCAUUUAGCCGCGGCCAUUUUGUUUUGAUAUUUUCAUGUAUGUGAGUAUGAGAAAGAGUGAGAGAGUAGAAAAUAAAAAAGGAAAAAACUCAAAGACCUUGUACAGAGAAGAGACAAAAUAUCACUCUCUCUUGUCUCGCGAUGGAGAGCCACCGUUUAUAUGUAUUAACCCCCAUUCGCCAGUAAAUUUAUCGUGUGUGUUGAUCAUUAUUAUUUUUAUUUUUUUUCUUUCAUACAUUAAGGCGGGAAAAAUUUAUCUAAUAAUAAAAAAUAAAAAUUAAUUAAUUAAUUUUAAAUAUAAAUUAAUAUUAAAAAAAAUUAAUAAUAUUAAUUGAAUAAUUAUAAUAUUAAUUUUUUUAUUUAUAUAUAAUUAUUUCACCCUGUAUAGAUUACCCGCCAAUAAUACAUAAAAGUCCAAUAAUAUCACGUGAUAAAUAUGGACCAAUGAAAUUCACGGGAUUUGAAAACGUGCGUGGUCUUUGUUCACAACUCUACCGUCAACGUUACUUCAGUUCCGUGAAGGGGCCCCUGUGUUGGUGAUCCGUUUUUAUCCAUCCUUGUGCCGGAUCAAAUAUUUUAUUAAAUAUAUUUUUUUUUUUCAAAACAAAAUUAACUGUGUUAUUAUUGUGAUUGGAUUACUAAUUUUGUAUUAAUAAUUAUUAAUAUAAACUUGGUUUGAAUGUUGGAUACAGAGAGUAGACACGGUGCAGGACUUGAUCAGCCACCAACACGGGAUCCUUGGCUAUCAAUGGAUUACUAUCUUGGAACUGACAGUCAUUCACUGCAUGAAAUGCUUGAUGUUGAUAUUAAAUGUGAAAUUGAAAAUAUCAUUGGUGGACAUCCUGAACUUGGUUUUAAUUUUAAAGAUUUAUCACCACUUGAACUUGAUGAUGAUCCAGUUGGUUCACGUAGUGAUAUGAAUUGGCUUAAUUCAGCAAGUUUAUUAAAUAAUAAUAGCAACAGUUCACACGGUGGAGGAGAUGCUGCCUCAAUAAUGGUUAAUCCAAAUUCAGUGAUGCCACAUCCAACAAGAAAUAAUUCAUCAACAAAUGAUACAUCAUCAGUAACAGGAAGAAGGCAUUUUUCAUUUUCAUCAAAAACAACAAAUCACAAUAAUAAAGAUGAAAAAAAUAAUAAUUUUGUUAAUGGAACAUCGGCAUUAUCAAAAAUUGAUGAUAGAUAUGAAAAUGACAUAACUGAGACUGAAGAUGAGGAAGAUGAUGAUGAAGAAGAAGCGGAAGAAGAAGAAGAGGAGGAAGAAGAGGAAGAAGAAGAAGAAGAAGAUGAUGAAGAUGAAAUCGAACAAGAAAUUGAAGAAGAAGAUGAUGAGGAUGAUGAUGAAGAAGAUUAUUCAGAAGAAGAACGACAAGCUCAAAAUAAAGUUGAAAAUAUGCAAAUAAAAUAUAAACAAUCGCCUUUACAACAACAACUUAAACAACAGCAACAACAACUUCAACAACAACAGCAUCAACAACAACAACAACAACAGCAGCAACAACAGCAUUUACAAACUUUACAAUCUUUACAACAACAACAUCAACAGCACCAACAAUUGCAAUCAUUACAACAACAACAACAACAACAACAACAGAUACAACCUCUACAACAGCAACUUAAUGUUGUCAAUGCUGGUACAUUGAAAACAUUAUUACCUCAUGGAACAACAAAAUCACCUUCAACACAAAAUAAAGCAAGUCCUAUACCAAAUAUGAGAGUUGGUAAUUUUAAAAUUGUUAAUCGACUUGACAGUCAAAAUCAUCAUCAUAUUCGUAAACAAAUUUAUAAUAACAAUGUUCAUCAUGUCAAUACAACUACAACAUCUCCAAUGUCAAUUAAAAGAGACAAAGAAUUUGUUGAUACAGGAGAUUUUGAAACAAAACCUUAUCCAAAACCUGCUUACUCGUAUUCUUGUUUAAUCGCAAUGGCACUAAAAAAUAGCCAAACUGGAUCACUUCCAGUAUCUGAAAUUUAUAAUUUUAUGUGUGAGCAUUUUCCAUACUUUAAAACAGCACCAAAUGGUUGGAAAAAUUCAGUAAGACAUAAUUUGUCAUUAAAUAAAUGUUUUGAAAAAAUUGAUAAACCAGCUGGUAAUGGUAAUCAAAGAAAAGGAUGUUUAUGGGCAAUAAAUCCAGCAAAAAUAACAAAAAUGGAUGAAGAAGUACAAAAAUGGUCAAGAAAAGAUCCAUUAGCAAUUAAAAAAGCUAUGGUUUAUCCAGAUAAUCUUGAACUUCUUGAACGUGGUGAAAUGAAAUAUGCAUGUAGUGUUGGUGAUCUUAGUGAAGAAACAGAAAGUUCUAGUGAUGAAAAUAUUGAAGAUAAUGUAACAUAUGAUGAACCAUCAAUAAUAAAUCAUGUUGCUGCAAAUUCAGUAACAGAUAGUUAUGAUGAAAGUAGUCAAGAUAUUGAUAUUACUGAACAUCUAUAUGAUGAACUUGAUGAUAAAGAAGAAUUACAUAUGAAAUUAAAUAUUACAAAACAAGAUUCAUUUGAAUAUGAAUUAAAUACAAAUAAUAAAAGACAAAAAACACUUGAUGGUAUUACAUCAAAUUAUGUUUAUCAAUCAGUUCCAACGUCGCGUAGAAAAGCACCACUUCUUGUAAGAACAACAUCAAAUAAUGGCCCAUUUAUUAAAAUUGAAUAAAUAUACAUUUAAAAUCUAGUUACUAUUUUUUAUUUUUUAUUUUUUAUUUUUUCAUAAUAAUUAAUCAUUUUUUUAUGUUGUACAGAUAUUUCGCUUACAAUGAAAAAUACAAAAAACAAAAAAAAAUAGUGUAGUUGAAACAAAAAAAAAAAAAAAAACAAACAGGUAUUUAAAAUAAACAAAAUUUUGAAUCGUUGAAUUAUUUUUAUACACAUACCCGGGCUGUGCAGGGAAAAAAAUAUAAAAUAUAAAUAAAAUUAAAUUAAAAAACUAAAAAAAAAAAAAAAAAAAGCAUUGUUUAGGCGUGAGUUAAUCAAGUGCCAAUGAGUAUACAUCCGAUUUUUAUACCGUUUCAUAAAAAAAUUAUUAUAAUUUUUCUAUUUUAAUAUUUCUAAUUUCGUCCUUUUUUUUUAUAUAAAUAAAUAUAUAAGAAUUGUAGAUUUUGAAAAAUUAAAAGAGCUGAUAUAAUUAUAAUCAGCGAAAAAAAAAAAAUAUAUAUAUAAAAAGUUCUUCCGAUUGGUGAAUUCGUAUUCAUAUUACCUUAUGUAUAUUGAGCUAUUUUAAAUUAGAUAAUAAUAUUGUACAUGAUUUAUUUUAUCUGUCAAAAUAGCUCCAAAUUGUACAAAUAAAUUUUUCGUAAUUAUCAUGAGUAAUUUUUGCAAAAUUCAUGUAAAUUAUCAUAAUAAUUUUUCCUUUUUUUUUUUUUUCAAUUACAAUCGUGUUUAUACUAUAAAAAAAAAUAUAACGAAAAACGAAAAAUACAAAAAAAACGAAAAAUAUUAAAAAAAGAAAAAAAAA